AAUGUUAAGUCGUACCCUGUACUAACAGGAUUACGGAGAGGGUGAUUGGGCCACGUAAUAAUUCUGCUGGCAACAUAAAUAAGAGUCAAAAACAAUUGAUACAAACCUUGGGGUUGCUUUUGGACAGAGCAUAAUAUUUGCGGAUAUUUUGCCACCAUGAGGCAUUUGUUGGUUAUAUUUGGCAGUCUAUUGUUGAUAAAGACAUCUGAUGCAGCUCAACGUGUUGAUGCUCAUGAAAGAGCGAAGAAGAUGGUUUACUCUUCAUCUUCAUUGCAGCGGCGUCAUUUAGACAAAGCUAAAAUAACAGUCAGAGAUCUUCUUGGUUUGAAGGAAUAUGAAGAAGUCGAAGAAUCAAACCGUAUCAAAACAGCUGAAGGCACCGAAGUUUUACGCUUACAAGAGAAGUUCUUGGGUGUUCCUGUUUUUGAUGCUUCAUUAACUGUUACCCAAGAUCACGAGGGACAUUUGACUGGGGAUGCAACGGGAACAUUUAUUCAAGGAAUUGAAGAUGAUAUCACAAAUGUAGAACCAAAGCUUUCAAAAUCAGAUGUCUUUGAUAUUGCCUUGAAAGCAGAGGGAGAUGAAGCUUCUGCAGAUAGUAUCCACCCAAAUACAAAAUUAUGAUUUUUCUGGAUGAAAAUAACAAAUCUCGAUUAGCGUACCGUAUAAGUUAUCGAAUAGAAAAUGAAGAAGUUAUUAAACGGCCUACAUUUGUUAUUGAUGGUAAUACUGGAGAAAUACUGCUGAAAUAUAAUAACUUAGAUACCAUUUCUAAAGUACUGACUGGUUCUGGUGGUAAUGAAAAAUCAGGAAUAUACAAUUUUAGUGACAAAAAUCACAAAGCUUUUAUAACUCGGAUUGGUGAGAUGUGUUUUCUUGAAAAUAAUUAUGUAAAAGUAAUAGACAUGCAAAACAGUCGCAGUGCAAAUCCUAAUGAAACAGAUCCUAUGUAUUAUGUUUGUGAUGUUGGUUUUAAUGACAGUGUCAAUACAGCCAUGUCACCAGCACUUGAUGCCUUCUAUUAUGGCAGCAUGGUAUCUCAGAUGUUUCAGGAAUGGUUUAAUACUUCAGUAUUAAACAAGCAAGCAAUACUGCGGGUUCAUUAUGGGACCUAUUUCGAAAAUGCAUUUUGGGAUGGGGAAUAUUGCACGUUUGGUGAUGGUUUUGAAAUGUUUUAUCCUUUUACAGUUGGAGAUAUCGUUGCACAUGAACUUGCUCAUGGCUUCACAGAACAACACUCCGGAUUGAUUUAUGCAGGCCAGUCUGGAGCCAUGAAUGAGGCGUUUUCCGAUAUAACGGGAGAAAUCACUGAAGCUUAUAUGGGUAAGAAUGACUGGUUUGUUGGCUUUGAUGUCAUGAAAAAUACGGACGCACUGAGAUACAUGGCAAGCCCCUCCUUAGACAACGUCUCUGUUAGUCAUGUAGAUAAUUUCACUUCAGAUUUGGACGUUCAUUUGGGAAGCGGAAUUUAUAAUUAUAUUUUUUACUACAUUGUACAUGAAUUAAAAAUGGACAUUAAAGAAACUUACCAAGUUUUCCUCAUUGCCAAUACAAUAUAUUGGCACCCUUUUACAGAUUUCACUUCUGGGGCUUGUGAUAUGUUGAAGGUUGCCUAUGACCUUGGCAAAGAUCUAACCCCCUUUAUUAAAGCCUAUGAAGUUACAGGAAUUAAACCAUGUGAUGUAGAGAAACAUAUUCAAAGAUUGAUAUUUCGCAGACCAAUAUCAGGCAUUAGAGUAUCAGCUGAAGCCAACCCAGUCUUUGAACUUGGUUAUCCAAAGCUAGUUGGGAAUAUUACAGUUAUUGCCACUAGUAUGUGUGGCAAAGUUCAUAUUAAGUUAUCAAAGCACAAUAUGUUAACAGAGGGAGAUGGUUUGGAAGCAGAUACAUUGUUAGGUGAAGGCACAUCAGAAGUGACUUUAGGAAAUCUUGAAGAAUCUAAAAUGUUUAUCAAAUUGUCUCCAGAAUCUAGAGAAAGUUUAGAAAAUGUUACUCUGCGUGCUACGUAUGAGUGUGAUCCUUUUUUCAUUGCUGAAUCCUAUGAUGAUUAUACGUUACAUGAAUUAAUGUGUGAUGAGGACUAUAAGUAUUAAAAAUACAACCAAAUUAUAUUAACUACUGGUUUCAAUAAUAAAUAUGUGCAAUAAUUUACAAUUUAAUCAAUAAAUAUUUGAUAAUUGCUUGCAUUUUUAGAUAGCUAUAAUCUUACUUUGUUGUGAAUAUUUAACUGAAAACACAAAUGAAUAAUAUAAAUAAAGAUAUUCUAAAUCUCAA